AUGUUGCGAAGUGCUAAUCUGCCUUUUAAUAAAUUUUAUGGGCCUGGUGAUUCUAAUGAUUUGGCCAAAAUCGUUAGAAAUCAGUUGAAUUCUGACACGUUUUGUAUUGGCUGGCCUUUCCAUCAAUAUUUAAUAUUUUGGGCUAUUUCAACUUUUCCCGUUAGAACGAAAUUGACUUUUUGUUGGAUUUAUGGAAAAUUGAUUCAAAAAGUUACUGGGUGUUCCGUUGCAUUAGAACUCCCUGAAAGAACUAAGGUUAACAAAACUACAAAAGAUAUUAACGCUAACAGUAGUACAAAUCCUUUAGAGCAAGACAUCUGCCAAGAAGGCCAAAAGAAGAUCAGAGUCACAAGUAGAGCACGACUCUCUACUUGUAAAAAAUCGUAUAGCAAAGCUAUUUAUUUUAGUUUGGUAAUAGCGAGGCUAACUGAUGCUUUAUAUUCAAACGUAUCUGAUUGUGAUGAGUCGUCUAUAACGCAUCGUGCUUUUAUUACUAGUUGGGCUCAUAUUCCUCAAGGCCCACCUGAUGCGAUUUUAGGAAUUACAGAGGCUUAUAAAAAAGAUACCAAUCCCCAAAAAAUGAAUUUGGGAGUUGGUGCCUAUAGAGAUGAUGAUGGGAAACCAUAUGUUUUGAAUUCUGUCAGAAAGGCAGAGAAAAAAAUACUUGAAGAUCGACUUGAUAAGGAAUAUCUUCCAAUUACUGGUCUUUCUAGCUUUACUCAAGGUGCAGCUCUUUUGGCUUACAGUAAAGAUUCCAAACCUUUAAAAGAUGGAUUAAUUUCAAUCACUCAAUCGAUUUCAGGAACAGGAGCUCUUAGAAUUGGAGGAGUGUUUUUAUCUAGAUAUUAUCCACAUGCUAAAAAAAUCUAUUUACCUAAACCAACAUGGGGCAAUCAUAAUGCUAUUUUUAAAGAUUCUGGUUUUGCAUCAGGAGACACUGAUAAAGAUGCUUAUGCCAUUCGUAAAUUUAUAACUGAUGAUCAUCGGGUAGCUUUAGCACAAUCAUUUGCUAAAAAUAUGGGGCUUUAUGGAGAACGUGCUGGCGCAUUUUCAAUUAUUUCUGAAAGUUCAAAAGAAAAGGCUGCAAUUGAUUCACAACUUAAAAUACUAAUUAGAGCCAUGUAUUCUAAUCCACCAAUACAUGGUGCAAGAAUUGCAAGUUAUGUACUGAACGAUCCUGAACUAAAUAAAGAAUGGUUAGAAGAAGUAAAACUUAUGGCAAAUCGAAUUAUUACUAUGCGUGAUAAACUCAAGCAUCAUUUAGUUAAUGAUUUUCAAUCAAAGAUUUCUUGGAAUCAUAUCACUGAUCAAAUUGGAAUGUUUUGUUACACUGGAUUAAAACCUGAGCAGGUUGAAAAACUUACUGCUGAUUUUCAUGUAUAUUUAACCAAAGAUGGACGUAUUUCCAUUGCUGGAAUUUCUUCAAAAAAUGUUAAAUAUUUAGCUGAAGCCAUACAUGAAGUUACAAAAUAA